GCCCUCCCAACGAUCCCAUCACCAAGUCUUCGGAUACAUCCACAGCCAGAUCUGCUCCCCCCCCCUCCUCUCCUCUCGAUCCACAGAAACCGCGCAAGAAGCACCCGAUCCCCCAAGGCAAAUCGGCAGGAAGAUCGCCGUCGUCGUCGCCAUGGCGCAGAGGGCGCUGGAGCUGACCCUGAUAUCGGGCAAGGACCUCAAGGACGUGAACCUCUUCUCGGCCAUGGAGGUGUACGCGGUCGUCUCGCUCUCCGGCGACCCGCGCUCCCGCCAGCGCGUCGCCACCGACCGCUCCGGCGGCCGCAACCCGACCUGGAACGCCACGGUCCGGUUCACCGUCCCCGCCAGCGCCGCGGGGUCCGUCCACGUGCUGCUCCGCGCCGAGCGCGCCCUCGGCGACCGCGACGUCGGCGAGGUCCACAUCCCGCUCUCCGAGCUGCUCUCCGGCGCCCCGGAUGGCCCUGUGCCCGUCAAGUUCGUCGCCUACCAGGUCCGCAAGAUCGGGUCCGGGAAGCCCCAGGGGGUGCUCAACUUCUCGUACAAGCUCGGCGAGGUGACACAGGGCCAGGCCGGUGGCGCCUACGGUGGUGCGCAGGCCGCGUACGCCCAGCCUCCCCCGGCCGCCGCCUACCCGCCGCAGGGCGCGUAUCCCCCGGCCGGCAAGGCUGACGCCUACGGGGCUCCGUCCGCGUACCCGCCGCAGUCCGCGUACCCGCAGGCUGCGAAGGCCGACGGAGCAGCAACCGCUGGUGCCUACCCACCUCCCUCCGGCUACCCACCUGCCGGAAAGACAGGCGAGCCAUCCACCGCCUACCCCGCACCCGCCGGCUACCCACCCGCUGGUCCGUCAGGAAAGCCAGCGAAGGCAGGCGAGCCAGUGACGGCCUACCCAGCGGCCGCCGCGGGACCCAGCACCGGCGCUCCCUACGGCGCCCCGCCCCCGCAGUACGGCUACGGGUACCCACCGCAGCAGCCGACCGGGUACGGCUACCCGCCCCCGCCGCCGCAAGGAGGGUACGGCGGCUACGGCUACCCGCCGCAGCAGCCGGCCGGGUAUGGGUACCAGCAGCAGGCCGUGAAGCCGCCGAAGAAGAGCGGCAUGGGGAUGGGCCUGGGCGCGGGGCUCCUCGGAGGCGCGCUCGGCGGGCUCCUCAUCGGCGACAUGAUCUCCGACUCCGCCGGAGGGUAUGACGCCGGCUACGACGCCGGGUUCGACGACGGCGGUGGCUUCGAUUUCUAGAUGGUUGGGAGGAUAAGAUAUGCAGCAGCACAGUUCUUUUGUACGUCCUUGGUAUUUCUUCAGUUCUUUUGUCUUCGGAUUUUCUGCUCAAAAUCGCCGGCGCCUCUGGGCGCUGCUAGUAUGAUAUGGUAAUGUAAAUAUGAGUUUUAACAUGAUAUAUUCUGUAAAUUUCUGUCUCUGUUGGGCUCGAAUCUCUGAUAAUUUGGCCGUAUUGUCUUUGUGCUCAUUCAUUCGA